AAUUGGUAAACAUAACCGAUCACCGCUGUGUCUCUGAUUCAUUUCUUCAUGUACCUCUGCAAGUACUCCAUUCAUUUGUCACGAUAGCAGUUCAAUCAAAGUGGACGAGCAACGAUAUGAACGUGCGCGCACCGUUAUGAAUGCGCGCACACCCAACUUCUACGGAAGACUUUAUUCGCGCCCAACCAUCUACUCUGACGAAGACGCUGAACACGGAUGAUUGAGCAUUCUUUUAGUCAUGGCCAAACUUGCUCUGAACAGCCCAGAUGUUAAAAACAUCGAUGAGGGGGUGAAGAAUCGGUUUAAAUGGAGCUGGUUGCAGGAGACUGUCCAAGUCCAAGGAGAGACCAUGCCAAUGAAUUGUUUCAGCAAAAUUAGGGAAGCAGGGAGGGCGAUUUGCGACACUUGCAAUCAACAUAUAAAUUACGGAACAAGUGGGAAGAAUGCCCUAAAGAAGCAUGUGGAGCAUCCAAAGCAUAUAAAAGCUUGGAAGACGCAACAGCAGAACAUGCGCAUCAAUAUAACACCAUCGGAUAAUAUAAUUGUUGCAGUUUCACCCAACAACCCAGUGCAACCUAGGAUUCCUCCUUUAUGCAACCGAGUUGCACAGGAUCAAGCACUCGUUCUUGGAUUUGUUGCUGAGAACUCACUUCCUCUAUCAAUCACACCAGGGCUUAUUGAUUUAGCAAAGGUGCUGGCAAAAGACCCAAAAGCUCUCGCAGAACUAUCUAUGGACAGGACCUCUGCUUCAUACAAGCUCAAUUAUGGUGUUAAGAAGACCAUUCAAGAUGAAGUGCUGGAGGAAAUAAGAAGUGUCCCCUUCUCCCUCAACAUCGAUGAGGCGACAAGCAAAACAUACAAGAGGAUCUUGGGUGUGCUUGUUAGUUACUGGUCUGAGAAACUUCAGAGGAUGGCUGUGCAACACUUAGCAGCACUGGAGGUUGUGUCUGUAACUGCGGAAUCCCUUUUCAAGAAACUGGACGAGCUCUUUGAAAAGAUGAGUCUGCCGUGGGAUAAUUUGAUAUCCAUUCUUAUGGACUCAUGUGCUGUAAUGAGAGGUUCCAAAAAUGGGCUGGAGAAACUUAUCAGAGAUCGCCGUGCCCCUCAAAUGCUUGACAUAGAUGGUGACUCAUGCCACCAUGUACACAAUGCCAGCAAGAAAUUCUGCUCUCCAUUUGAGCAUUGGGUCGAAGGUUUGCUCUCAGAUCUUCACACAGACCACAGAUGGUCUGCAGACAUGAGAGAUGGCCUCAGAGAAAUUUCCAUCAUCCUUGGAAUCCAUGCCUCACGACCUGAGCGAUACAUCCCACACCGGUGGCUGUCAGUGCUGGAUGUGAGCCUGGAUACACUGCGCAUGUGGGAUGCAUUUAUCAUUUUUUACUAUGCCUUCCUGGGCAAUGAAGAUAGGGCAACAUACAAAGACAUAGUCAAUGGCAUCCUUGAAAAGCGUGGGGUACAAGAAGCUGGCUGGACCCGCAUAAAGGAGUUGUGGAAGGAGUUGGAAAUCAGGUCCAAAAACUUCACAAAUGAAGGAAAGAUGAGGAAAGUUAGAAUUUACAAAAAGGUGUUUUUCGAGGAGAAGAGAACACUGCUUGAGCUUAACUUUUAUGCAUCUCUCCUUCCAAUGCUAAAACAAUACACCCUCCUCUUUCAAUGCAAGGAACCGAAGAUCCACAGACUCCACGAUGAGCAAGAAAUACUCCUUAAAGAGUUCUUGUCCUGUUUCAUCAAGCCAGAGAAACUCAUAAAAAAUGGGAAGAACUUGUCGGGACCAAACAUGAAGUGUCUUGAUUUAAGGUCAACAGAGAACCAUCUGCCAGAGCCUUUUAUUGGAUAUGAGGCCACAUCUAUUCUUGAAAAGCUUGGAAAAAAUCAUCCUGUGUCAAAAUCUUUCAAUAUGAAGGUUAUCCAAGCCUACACCAGAUGUGCCAUUGAUCUGCAAGCAAAACUGCCUCUGAACAAUCCAGUUCUGAGGACCCUGUCAUGCUUGGACCCGAAUGCCCGGGGAAGCCAACACAUCAUUCCUCACCUGAAGAAAUUGCUGGACAUGUUUCCAGCUGUGAAGCUUACGGAAGAGGAGAAAGCUGGUUUUCAGCAUGAAAUAUACAGAUAUGCAAGUGACAUGAAGUUGCCACCAAUGACGGAUGACACAAGAGUUGACCUGUGGUGGAAUGCAGUAAGACAAACAUUGAGGUACCCAACACUUGCCAAGAUGGCACUCUUUGCUUUAUGCCCUUUUCAUGGCCCUCAAGUAGAGUCUUCAUUUAGUAUGAUGGCCAACAUCAUGCAGGCCAAAACAACAAGCCUGAAUGUGGAGACCUAUGAGGCCUAUGAAGUUGUAAAGUACCAGCUGAAGGCCAUGCAAGUCUCAGCAAUUCACCACUACUCCAGACCGUCAAAGGACAGCCCAAUCAACCCAUCCCUUGUACAGAAUGUCAAACUCGCAAGCCGGAGAUACAGGGCAGAGAACAAACGGAGGGCAGAACUUCAUGCUCCCAAUCCAGCCAGAAAGAAGGCAGCCAAAGACACAAUAGUGGCAGCAGCUUUAAGUGCCAGAAAUACUUUUCAAAAGCGGCGGCUGCAAGCAUUGAGAAAGCUUGUUGCCAAGAAAUAGUCUAAUUCAAUGUGCACUGUUUGCAAUGUGUUUUGCACUGUUUGCAAUGUGUUUUGCACUGUUUGCAAUUUGUUUUGCACUGUUUGCAAUGUUUAAUAAAAUCUAUAUAAAUUAUGUCUGUGUGUGUGUGCGCGUGUGUGGGGGGGGUGGUUUCGGGGUCGCCACGUCAUGGUAGGUGCACCAUAUAGUUUCCUGCUUUUUUGUCGUUUGCCAAUCACACCUAUGACUGAUGACCACAGGUUUAAUCGAGACAGCGCAAGCUAGCUAAUCUUUUACCUUAUAACGCAGGUAGUGAUGAUUCUCUCAGACCAAUCAGGGAUCUACAGUGUUUUCACAUCACGUUUUAGUAUCAGCUCGGCUCGCUUGGAAUCCCAACUGAGGUGGUACUAAAAAAAGUAUCGGGUACUACUUACUGCACCCAGUGGAAAAGCUCCCAAAAGUAAGCAGACCUUAACCAAACCGUUUGGGUACUAUGCAAUGGAAAAGCGGCAUUAGUUUAGUGGUUCUCACACUGGGGGCUGUGGCAUUUGACAUUUUAUCAAAUACAUUAAUUUACCGUAAAUUCUGUGUAUUUAAACCUCAGAAAAAUAAGGCUAUAACCAAGAGCUUUGCAUUGUAUAUUUAAAUAUGUUUAUAAAACUUAACAUUUUAAUUGAACUAAUGUUUUAUGUCAUACAUUUCUUUGUGGAGGUACUGUAUACAAAGGGGCCGCAUGCAGAAAAUCUUUGAGAACCACUGCCUUAGUACCAAAUCCACUUAAUUCCAGCUAUAGGCCAUUCAAAAGCAACAGUUUGCUGGCAAAUACACCAACAGCAAAUUCCUCUAAGGCUGGGUACACACCAAAAGAUUUUUUACAUCUUAUAAGAUUUAAAAAAUGUGAUAGACCACAAAAAUGAGGAUAAAAAUCCUAGAUUUAACCGUUUUGCUCCUAUAAAAAGAUUUUUAGUCUCGACUGUGAACACAGGAAACCCCACAAAAUCUCGUGAGACUUCAGAAUAAGCAUGGUGGACGAUAUGCAGGAAGACAUUUCAAUGAUAGUGCUUGGAAUAAUUUUUACAAGACUCGUAUAAACAUUCGUGCUGUUGCCACAAAUCAACAAGCUGAUCCUCCAUCUCUGCUGUCCACAUCAACUUCACUUUGGCCAUUUCUCAAUCCGAAGGCUGCAGCCUGCGGAGGUCGCAUUUGCAGGCUGCAUACGUCAUGAAACCAGGAAAACCGGAGCCGCGCCGAUCGUAAAUAUUCAACAUGGCGAAUAUUUACAAUCAGCGCGGCUCCGACGUUCUUCCGAACAGGUUUGGACACUCUAAACACACCUCACACGAAGGGACAAUCUGGUAAAAUAAUCUGUAGAACCAUCGUGAUACUCGGGACAUAGCUAGGAUUGUCAGAAGGGGGGAAAUCGGGCCAAAAUCAGCCCGAUUAUCUUUUGGUGUGUACCCAUCAUAAGUGCACAUAAGAUGAAGAUUAAUUGACCGGGUAUCAGAUUUAAAUUUUGGUCCCUUGUGAGUCCUUGGACCUGAAUACAACCUGAUGUGACGGUGACAUGGGUCACAACGCCCCCCCUAAAGUGUGGUUUAGUUUCUUCAUUUUUACAAUAUGACUUUCAUUACUUGGAAUGUUUCUAGUUGUAUCUUCAGUGAUUUUGAUCUGUUUACAGUCUUUCCCAAAGAAGUGGAUUUUUGUGUCAAAAGCAUGCACUUUUGUCUUAAAGGGCUUUACAGUAAAAACAAUCAAAUUUGUUAAAUACUAGGGAUGCACCGAAAUAUUCGCCCACCGCAAAUUUUCGGCCGAAAGAUUUUUAUUACGAAACAAUACGGCCGAAAUGUUGUGUGACGCAAACAGAAACCGCGACCUGUACCUGCUUGUCUGAAGCAACAUCUGCGGUGUGGACGUAUUUAACAGCAAAAAGGCGCUAAAGUGAGCAGCUUUCUGUAGGCACAGUGCGGUUGAAUGUGUCAGACGUGAUCGAUCAGAACUCUUGAUGUGAAAACUUUAGAGAGAGUCGCACUGUGUCUCAUACUGUAGUCCAUUAGCAUACAUUUGGUGAAUAAAGCAAUGAAAAACAACGUAAUGUCAGGGAACUACGCUGCGACCAAAAUGGUCACACAUGCGACCUUUUGAACUGCCAUUGCGACUAGGG